CAAUCAGAGCCCUGUAAAGUGACAGGAGCCUUCAUGCGGGAACCGUCAGUGUGAAAACCGUGUGAAGGAGCACCUGAUCUCACCUUCAACCCACGUUUCAUCAUCUUAUAUCAAACUGAUGACUCUGAAGUUAAAGGUUUCAGUCACCAUGAGGCCGACAUCCUGCAGAAACAGAAGAGCUUCAUCCAGCUGCUUCACCUUCGCCUUCCUCCUGCUGCUGCUGAAUUUCUGUCACAUAGCCAGCAUUGCUGGCCAAAAGUCUGAAUCUGCCCUAACUGUGGUGGAAAAUACAGAAGGAGGAGGCGCUGAAGAGGAGGAGAUGACGGUUGAUGAAGAAGAGGAGGAGGGAGAAUUAGAGGUGGUCAAACCUACAGCGGAGUGGCAAACACUCAAACCAGGUCAAGCAGUUCCAGCAGGCUCCCAUGUGAGGCUGAAUCUGCAGACGGGUCAGAGGGAGGUCAGACUGGGAGAGGAGCAGAUGAAAUACAGAACACAAGAACACAGGGAACAGGAGGAGGCCCAACUCUCCUUCAGUCCUGAGGAGCUCAAACGGGCUAUGAAGAAGAUAAAGGAGGACCUGAACACUGGGAGAAAAGACCCAGAGCAACAGGACUCCGUGGCUUCAAAGUUUCGUCCUCUGGAGGAGUUGAAGAAAGAUAUGGCACAGCUGGACAUGCUGGUGGAGACAGACUUUCAGAUAAUGAAGCGUCUACUGGAUCAGUUUAACAACAGCAACUCGACCACAGAGCAGCGGCUGAGCAUCCUGCUGGAGCUGGAGUACAUGGUGCAUCAGGUGGAUAAUGCUCAGACCCUGUGCUCCAUGGGGGGUCUCCAGUUGAUUCUGCAGGGUCUGAACAGCUCUGACUUCAGAUUACAGGAGAGUUCAGCCUUCGUCCUGGGGUCAGCUCUGUCCAGUAACCCGGCGGUUCAAGUGAAGGCUGUGGAGAGCGGCGCCCUGCAGACACUGUUAACCUCCCUGGCCACGGCAGAACCACUCCAUGUGAAAAAGAAGGUCCUGUUUGCUGUCGCCUCCCUCCUGCGUCACUUCCCCUAUGCACAGCGUCACUUCCUGUCACAUGGUGGGCUGCAGGUCCUUUCAGAGCUGUUUAAAGCAGACGGAGGGGGAAUUCUGCGCACACGGAUUGUCACCAUGUUAUACGACUUGAUCAGCGAAAAGGAGCUGAUCUCUCAGUUAGGUCUAGACUCGGCACUGGAUGCCUCUCAUGAUGAGCGGGUGCGUCAGUACUCCGAGGUCUCUCUGCAGGGGGAGCUGCUCGAGAAGGGCUGGUGCCGUCUGGUUCCACAGCUGCUGGAGUCCACCGAGCACGACUUCAGAGAGAAGGCUCUGCGGGCUUUGUUGGCGAUGUCUCCCGUGUGUCUGGAUCAGUACCGCUCGGAUAGCUCUCUGCUGGGGUCAUUAGUCUCUCUCAGAGUCCAGUAUGAGGAGAUGGUCCAGUCUGAGAUGAUUAUUGGGGAGGAGAACGGCUACUUUUCAGAGAUUAUGGAACUUAUUGAUGCUCUUCAAAUCAAAAUGAAAUGAUGAGAGGAUUCCACAGUGUCACGUCACAUGAUCGUUACAUACAGGGAGGAACACACAGAACUUAACGUCUCUGCUCCGUGUCUACUCCUCUCCUCAACUCCACUGCCUUCGACCCAGAAACUGACCUCAGCUCCAUUUUGAAGGAUGUUCCUGAGUAGCAUCUCAAAGACAGGAAGCUUACAGGAGGAGCUGUGAGCAAAGAUUCACAGGUGAUUUCUGCUUGAUUUGCAGAAGUCUGCUCUGCACCUGUGAUGUGUUAAAGAGGCACGACAUGCAGCUGGACUCUACAGACCUUUUAUUAGCACUUAGUCGUCCGGAACACUGUUAUGCUGAUCUGAUGGAGAUCGUACAAUACUGUGUUAGAUUUUCCAAAAAUGUACAUUUGUGAUUCAUGUUUAAAAUAACAGCUCUCAACCCCAGGGGUCUCAUUUCUGUAGAUGUCUGAUUCCUCUCCAUGUGCUUCUUCCUUUCCUCCUCUUCUGGCAUUUCAGUCAGGAGAAACUAAGACACGAGGAGAAAUGAGAAGAGGCUUCAGAAUUCUGAAAUGGGAAUGACACAACCACCCUCAGUUCACAUGGCCGACCACAGAAGAAAAAAAUUAUUUAAAAGUAGUCCACCGCAGGUUACACAAAGACAGAACUUUGAGAAGAAAGUGUUGGACAGACUCUUGGUCUGGUUAUUUAAAGGUAAUCUGGUUGGAUUAAAGUAAUGGGUUUGGAUAAAAUCUUGAAAUUGUGUUGGUCAAAAGAACAAAAAGAUUAUGGAAUGAGAUUAGAUCGGAUUUAUUCGGUGAAGCCUCUAGUUGAUGCUGUUUGAAACUUUUAAGUACGUUUGGGAUCAUUUUGACCUGAAAAAUCUGGAUUACCCUGAACCCCUCAGAGAGCAUGACUACAGGAGCAAAUGUAAGAAAACUUAAAAACUGUCCGAAAAAUUCAACAUUUUAUAUUGAUGUUGUUAUUUUUGAAUUUUGUAAAUAUUUGGCUCUUAAAUUUCUGAACUUAUAAAGGAAAAAGGAAAUGAGUGGAGAUUAGGUCGGGAAAACAUUUUUAUAAAAAUAAAGAACAUUUUUUCAACAAAAGGAACCAACACAAAUCUGUCAAUAGGUGUUUUUUCGACUGCAUGUACUUUACCCCGGAACUACUUGCGUUUCGUCCGGUGGACCCAGGGUCUAAAUUUAGUUCAGGGGUAGAUAAUCUCCCCCCUAAAAAUCCCCUGCUAGGGGUGUAGUACUUUUCCAAUGUGACCUGUCCAAUGUGGAUUUCAAUAAUGUCUUUACAAUGUUUUUGGAGAGGCUGGAGAAUAUUGUUAUCUUUGUUUUAUGUUCGUUAUUUAAGAAUAAAUAAAUACAAUGUUUGUUACUGUUGAGUUAUA